GAAAAAGUGUUCUUAACUAGACCGCACUUAAUCCUUGAUAGAAGCGUAUAUACGAGAGCGUAGCCAAACGUGGUCUCCAAGCAAGCAACUUCUUCCAAUAUUUAGACCCACCCUAUAUUUCUGCCCCUUUUAUAACCUCUAUCUCCUCUUUCUCUUUCUCUCUCCGAACAAGAGCCAACCAGUUAGGGAAUUCAAACUCAGUUCAAUAAUUGAAUCGAACAGAAGAAGCAAAUCUGGAAUCCCGGUACGAUUAAAUUCUCUCUUUCACAGUUCAUUCAGAUUAAAUUACUGAAAAGACUAGUGUCACUGACACAAACCUCACCGAGGAAAUUCGAACUGGAACAUGCCACUCCUGGGACCGUAACAUGGAAUUCAAAGAUCAGGGUGGAAUUUAUUAUGACUUGCCGGGGUUACCACCUGGAGUGAAAUUUGACCCAAGUGACCUAGAAAUACUACAGUAUUUGGAGGCAAAAGUUGGGUCUGAUGCACGCAAGCUUCAUCCCCUUAUUGAUGAGUUCAUACCAACUAUUGAAGGCGAGAAUGGGAUUUGGUAUACCCACCCAGAAAAACUACCAGGAGUGGGCAAAGAUGGACAGAUCCGCCACUUCUUUCAGAGGCCAUCAAAAGCAUACACAACUCGAACAAGGGAAAGAAGAAAGGUUCACACGGAUGAAGGAAGGGAAAGAAGAAAGGUUUACACCGAUGAAGAAGGAAGUGAAACAAGAUGGCACAAAACUGGAAAAACUAGAGCUGUUUUUUCAGCUGAUGGUACUGUGAAGGGUUUUAAAAAAAUACUAGUACUCUACACCUACUAUGGCAGGAAAAAGAAGCCUGAGAAGACUAAUUGGGUGAUGCAUCAAUAUCAUCUUGGCAGCACUAAAAAAGAGAAAGAUGGAGAAUUAGUUGUUUCAAAGAUCUUCUAUCAGAGGCAACCCAAACAAUGUGGAAGCCAAAGUAUUGUAAACUCAUUCAACAAUGAAGGCAAUGGGAAUACGAACUUCAGCAAUUCAAUAAUCACAUUUGGAAGCUGUUACUAUUCCUCAACUUCUGUUUGUGAGACUGAAGACUCAUCAAACAGGUUUGAUGAUGUUGAAAUGUAAUGUAUUUCUAGUAGGUUUUUAGGAGCUUCCUUAUAUUCCUUGUAUGCUGAACUACUAUCCCUUAUAAAUAGGGUGGUAUGGUGUAUUAGGAUUUAGUGAAGUAAUAAAAUUUUUAGUUUCUCUCAA